AUGUCGGGGAAUUACGAUUAUCCUCGCGCUUCUUCCUCUUCUUCCCGCCGUAUAUCCCGUAUCGCCAGGCCUGACGAGCGCCCUGAGGUCCUCCGUCUCCAGCAUCUCCGCAAUUUCGUAUCCGAACGGAAUCGCUCCGGUGCCCACAACGCCUACAACACCACCCUUGCCUUGGAAACAUUAAAUCGAGAAGUUGCUGAGCAUUCACUGGACCGAGCUCGCGAUCGUCCCAACUUUGAGCAAGCCCGGGCGGACAUCGAUCGUCAAAUCCAACAAUUACAGUCCGAAACCGCUGGCCCCGCAGAACGAAUUCGGAGCAUUUGGCUUGACCAGAUUCGCUCAGAGGGGGCUCGAACUUCGCUCUCGCCAGAGUCACAUUCUCUUCGCCAUCGUUUACCUUGGCAAACACUCAGUCUAGACGGAUCGUUAUCCAGAUCACCGUCCCUCAUGCCACCAUCCGGCCAGUCGGGCCGCGAUAGCCAAGGACGGAUGAAGCGUCGGAAACUAGACACCGACGAUAAUCGCGAGGAAUUUCGAGGCUUUAACUACGGUCAAUAUGGACAAGUAGUACCAGGGAUGCUACAAAUGGAAAUCGCUAGCUGCGAUGGCGGAAGCUACGAUCCGGAUAGCGGGUGCUCGCGUCCAGAGAACGUUUUGGACAACAACACAAGUGUAUACUCUACCAAAGAGGCCCGCUGCAACCUGGUUCUCUGCCAUCGGGGCGAAGCCCCAUUCUGCCUGAAGAAAAUCGUUAUCAGAGCCCCUCAAUGCGGGUUCGAUGCUCCGAUACAAGAAGGCAUGGUCUUCGUCGCCAUGACAUCCGAUGAACUGCUCGCCCGCACCGCCCAAUACCAAAUCCAAUACUCCAGUGGCCGAUACCGUCGUCGUGGCCGCCGCAGUGGCCUGCAGCCAUCCCAGGAAUACCUGACUGGGAUCCGAUCACCACUCCAAACCCUUGAACGCACAGUCCUCAUGAGCCCACAUUCAGCCGCAGUUCCGCAUGCCACAGAAGACCCGCAAGCGCAGUUCCGCAUCACCACCGAGUACGACGAAAAUAACGAAGAAUCCGGAGACGACGAAGACUGGCGCUCUACAUUGCUCGAAAGAACCCAGGGGGAACAGAGGGAAGAUCCUUUAUCGGAUACCGACGAGAGUCCAAGCGACGAGGAAGAUUCUUCAAGCAGACAUCAGCGUCGCCCACAAGUUGAAUAUGGACGGCUGAAUACCCUCAGCCGUGUCACCGAGCAGAGACUGCGCCGUGGUCCGAGUCUCGUGCAUCCAAAUCCGCCAGUGGAGCCUGCUCAGCCAGUUGCCGAAGUUUUGAAGCCACAUGCGCGCUUCUUUAUCGAGCGAGAGAAGAGCAUGGUUACCAUCAAAUUUGAUCCGCCUCCGUCCGGUCGUUUUAUUCUCAUUAAGCUGUGGAGCCCGCGGGCCCAUGGUAAUAUUGAUAUCGAAAGCAUCAUCGCACAUGGGUAUGCAGGUCCGCGGUUCUUCCCAAGUAUCGCUGCUCGCUAG